AUGAAGUUUAGUACCGAGAGUCCUAUUUUUCCAAAUUUCCCUAAGAAGAACCAAAGUCAUCCCCAGUGCAGCACCAACGACUAACGACCUCAAUCAAAGAUGGAAUCGAAACCGCCACCACCAUCUUCGUCAAUCCUCAACCGUCUGAUCGACGUCGACACCGCCGUCUCUCGUCACCUCCACUCCGCGGCGCAGCCCUUCUUCCCCCGUUCUUUCCUCAAAACGCUUGAAAUCUCCGGCGACGGCCGCCUCUUCUUCCCCCUCGCCGCCUCCAUCCUUCUGUCUACCUCCGCCGCCGCCUCUUCUCCUCUCCUCCAGCCCCUCCUCGUCGAUCUGCUCCUCGGCGGCCUCAUUGACCUCCUCCUCGUCGGCCUCAUCAAGCACCUCGUCCGCCGCCCUCGCCCCCUCUACAACCAGGGCAUGUUCUUGACCUUCGCGGUCGACCACUGGUCCUUCCCCAGCGGCCACUCGUCUAGGGUUUGCUUUAUCGCUGCCUUUUUCUGCCUCUCCUCGGCAGUGAUUCGUGAAGCCGUGGCUCAAUUGAGGUCCGCCGGAGUUGAAUUUGUUGAUACAUUGUUCAGUUUAGUUGAUUGUGAUGACGGGAGAAAGCAAUUUGAUCUUGGAUUGACCCCCACUUUUUUUUUAAUCUCAAUUUCACAAUGAGGUGAAUAGCUUUCUCAUCCAUUUGAAGUUCGUUUUGAUCUUCAUGACCCAUUAAGGUUUUCCUUGUUAUUUGUCUAAAGACGCAAUCCCAAUGCCUUCCUGAAAAUAUUAGUCAAUGAACAUGAAAUCUGAAAAAACAUAGAGCGCCAAUUCUCAUCAUAUGCAAACCCUAUGCAUUAAUAAAUCAGCCAUAAGCUUUUCUGAUGAGGUGAUGUUUUUGAGUGAUUGAAUGAUAUAUUGUUUGCUCAAUUUGACAAAAUGAAAAUGAUUCCUCGUGGUUGGCUCUGACAAUGAUUGUUAUUUUGUCAACCACUCAUGUCCAUUAUGAUUGUGAUUAUGAAAUAUUUUCCACACUGAGAAAAGAUGGUGUUUAAUGCUUCUUUACCUGAACUGAGCUGACAUUAGGUGGGUACCCGGUGGCCUUUUGGUGACUGAAAGGACCCUCAAUUCUAGGCUAAGUUGUCUGAUUCUGAUUGUUGGAUCAAAGGAAGCUAGAUACUUAACCUAGGCUGGCAUGCAUUUUUGAUGGAUUGAGUUUGUAUGAAUUGAUGGUAUGAUUAUCGUGGUUGUUAAGUCUGUUUCUGGUAUUUGUUGCUAAAGAAAGAUACUGGUGCGCAUCCUCUGAAUCCUCUAUAUACUUACAAUACAAUUUUUAUUGCCAUAGAGUUGGUGUCUUCGCUGGACCUAAGAAGGGUCCUCUUUAUUGGCUGAGCACUGCUAGUCGAUGGGUUUUGGUUUGUUUGGCAUUGAAUCUCUGGUAUUGCUUUAUCCUGUUUGUGUUUUGUCUUUAUGAAUGACCCCCAGUUAUUUAGCUGGCUGGAGAUGAAAUAGCUGUCGGUAGAUCAAGUGUUAUUCUUCUGAUGCGGAAAUGAAGGGUGAAGUUUGUCUAGCGGUGGGACGCCCCAUGAUUUGGAGAUUGCAUUGGUGAGAAAGAUACUUUAGUUCUUUUCCACUCUGAAUUCGAAGGUUACCAUUUCUUACCAUACUUUGGGUCUGUUUCUUGUGCCACUCUGUCGCAAAAAAGGACAGUGAUUUUAUGCUUCAAAACCUGGGUCUUUAUAAGUCGCUGGCUCAGAACUAACUGAGACCUAAGUUAUAGGCCCUAUAUUUAAGAAGUUGUCAGCCACUCCUUUUUGUUUGGAUUUUGUUAUUGCCUGUGUUAUUUUCUGUAACCAAUUAUUCAAAUUUCUGUUUGGACACAAGCAUGUUUAUGAAAUUUGACUGCCCAAGUUUGUAUAAAAGCAAAAUGGUGCUCCUCCAAAUAUGCAUGUCAGAUGAAUACAAUGAUAUAUCCAAA